UAAUGCUAUCUUCAUAGAAUGUUACAGAAGAAUGAUUUUGUUUGGUAAAGCCUCACAAGUGGUCCAAGAAAGAGCUUUCCAAUAUUUGAUGUUUUCUCACUAAUGCACACCUGCUCAGCACAGCAAGCACUGUCGGCAAAUCCUGAGAAAUGCAAACACACUGGCUCUAGCAUAUGAACCUGUGUGUAGAUUCAGGCACACGUAUGCAGAUGGUAGAAGGUCAGACUGCGCUGGUGCCAUGUCGUCUUUUGGAAAGCUUACAGAGUACUUCAGCCUAAGGAAGUCAAGGAAUGAAUUUCGAUCAGAUCGGCGGAGUAGCAGGAGGAGUGGCAGCUAUUGCUGUAGUAUCACCGAAUGCAGGUCAUUAGACAGAAAGCCACAGAGACCUGUACUAGGAAAGUCAAGGACUCUUCCCAGCAUUCCUCAGUCCCCAAUCAUAAACCGGGUUCCACUUCUAGAUUCAAAAUUGUACAAGAAAGAUAUGCCAGAACAGAAGCAUUACAGAAAUCACUCUGUUCCUGACUGUCAAAAAGGGUGUACAGUGCCCUCUACAGGAGAAGCAUGGCAGCUGGAAGAUGAUUGUGCUGAAUCUGUGAGGGAUCCUGCCCUUCAGCCAAGGCUGUGCACUGCCAUGGACGAGGCGCCUUUCAGAUCCUUGAGAACUCGGUCCUUCUACAUGAGGAAGAGCCUUUCAGUGGACAACCACUUAAGUGCCCUCAGCUAUUCUAUCCACCCCACAGAAACCAAGACAGAGCGGGUCAAAACUAAACUUCGAAGGCAAUUUAGCCUUGGAUCAGCAGACAAGAAGGACUUGUAUCCAUCAAAGUCUGAGGGCAGCCUUUCUAAGUUCACACACCGGUUAUCAAUUAAACAGAAGCAGGAGAAGAGAAGGAAAGCUGAGUAUGCCUCGGCUGAGCUGUCUGCCUUCCGUCCCAGGUCUCUGAGCAUUGAAUGGUCUUCCUCACCUAAAAUGACACAGCAAAUGAGAGACCCACAGCUAGCCCAGUCUAGGAAGCAACCAGGACCCUCAUCACCAAAUGCUGCUAAGAGGCUCUACCGGAACCUUUCUGGGAAAUUCAGAGUUAACUACAUGUCAUUUGAUGAAGGGAGCAUAGCAGGGAGGAGUGAAAAGGAUAAGCUCCGCAAAUCCUAUCCCUUUCAAGGCAAUGCUGCACUCUUUGAGGCUGUUGAGCUGCAGGACCUUGAUAAGGUGCAGGAGCUGCUCAAGCAGUUUAGCCUAGAGGAGCUGGAUCUUAACACCCCAAACAGUGAGGGUCUUCUGCCACUGGAUAUUGCCAUCAUGACCAACAAUGCACCCAUCGCCAAGACACUGUUGCUGGCUGGAGCCAAAGAAAGCCCUCACUUUGUGAGUCUAGAGAGUCGGUCUUUGCACUUGUCAACACUGGUCCAGGAGGCAGAGCAGCGUGUCAAUGACCUUACUGCACAGGUGGUGAAUGAGCUACCCAGUGCUGAUGGCUCAGAAAAAGAGAAACAGUUAAAAGCAUGGGAAUGGCGUUAUCGGCUAUACAAGCGCAUGAAUGCUGGAUUUGAGCAUGCUCGGGUUCCAGAUCCACCCAUGAAUGUUCACCUUUCAGUGGCCAGCAGCACUUCUGUGGAUGUUUCCUUCCAGGAGCCCCUAAGUGUCAAUUCAGCCAUAGUCACCAAAUAUAAAGUCGAAUGGAGCUGCUCCCCCACCUUCUCCCCACCGCUGGGUGAAGUGGUGAUCAACAAGCUGAAAAACCUACAUAUCACCAUCCAUGGCCUCCUCUCGGGUACAGCUUACUACGUCCAAGUAUCUGCCUACAACAUGAAGGGAUGGGGACCUCCGCAAACUUCAGUACCACCCUUUGCUAUUCCAUCAAACUGGAGAGAAUAUGAUGGGCGGGCACCAAGGCGAAGAGGUCAAGCUGAAGCUUUGGACAAUCUUUUAAGCCAGGUGAAGAUGGUGCAUCAACAAUGUGUGUGUCACGAACCCUGUAAGAAUCAGCCACAGAGCAGAAAACACUCUGUCUCCAAGAGUCUGAAGUAUCUCUUCCACCCUGGCAGCAAAUUCCUAAAAACACUGAAAAGGGGCCUGUAUCUGGCAUCAAUAUUCUACAAGGAUGACAACAUAUUGGUCACGCAUGAGGAUCAGAUCCCUGUGGUCGAGAUUGAUGACACCUAUUCUUGCCUGCUCAUGCAGGACUUUCUCUGGUUCACUAAGGUAUCGUGCAUGUGGGAUGAAAUACUGUGGCUGCGUCAGUGUGUCACUGUCUCCCAAUCAUCGUGUUCCUGCAUUCUGCAAACACGUCUCAAGAUGCUUCUGGCCAUCUCACAGAUGCAGGGUCUGCUGGGAAUUCAGGAUCUGGGACAUGUCUUUUUUGAGCCCAUCAAAGACAAGCAGGGCAAUAUUUUAGUUGUGACCCUAAAGGAGGUGAAGACAAACCAGACCUUUGAAAGCGUCCACUGGGUCCCCCUCUCAAAGCUGCAGACAAGCCGCAAGUCCAUCUCAUCUCCAGAAGAGCCUACAGCUCUGGAUGUGCUGCUGAUGACCAUGCAGGACAAGUUGGUUUACCACCAGCGAAGCAGCCAGGCUCUCCCCCCAGGUCUCUAUUUGGGUUACCUGAAGCUCUGUAGUGCUGUUGACCAGAUCCGAGUGUUGGUGCCUGAACGUUUACCCAACAUAUUAUGUCAUGUGAAGAUACGAAGCAACCCAAACAUCUCCAGGGAGGAAUGGGAGUGGCUGCAACACCAAGCCAGUGAGGAGGAGCCAAUUCCCACAGAGCAAGAUCUCGAGACCACCCAGAAUCUCUUCCUUCAGGAGCUUCAAGUGGCAAUCAAAGAGCUGAUGCAAAUGGUCAACAUCCCACUACAUGAGGCCAAAGAUUUUCGCCUGUACAGUCAGGAAGUUCUGGACUUCGGAGGACAGGUCUCAUUUCUCCUUCUUCUGCCUCUCUCUGAGGAUGUGUGUACUGCCCCUGGCCAGAACAAUCCUCACACACCUCGGUCUGGCUUUCUCACACUUCCACUUCAGAUCUUUGAGCUAGUUCAUUUUUUCACUUAUGACUACGAGUUCAUUAGUCAGUAUUGCCAAGUGUCUGCCCUCUUGGAGCUAGAGUCACUUCUCUCUCAACAGAGCCUCAGGGAGGCCUUCUCAGACUCAGAAUUAACUACUGCAAAGCAGAGGCAUCAACAAGUUCAGGACUAUAUACAGCAAAUGGAGGAGAUUUGGCGAGAAAUGCGCUGGAUGAUGGAUGCAUUGCAGCAUGCCCGGUACAAGCAGCCUUCUGGUGGCAUCCCACUCACAUGGUUUCUUGAAGAAUCUAGCAUUGUGCUAAAGGAGAAAACACGAUCAACCUCUUCCCAUUUGGACUUCCUUCCUUCACCUACCCCUUCUCCUGAAAUGAGCCGCAAGCUCAACUCUGAUUCACAUGGAAACUCAGAUGAAGAGGGCUCAUCAGAAGUAUUCUUAGCUACAGACAGUGACUAUGACUCCAGCAGAGCCCAAAGCCCCAGAGAGCUUGACCUUCUUUACCCCUCUUCAGGGCCUGAGUGCUGCAGUAGAAGAAAUCCACGCCCUUUGAGGGACAGUGCCCCUGACGUCCUGCAGAACCAUGAGCUAAAGACACCCCCUAUUCCUCCAGAGGAGCCUCGGCCUCCCCCAGAGCUUUAUGACAGUGACUUUGUGCUUCCUAGUCGGCAAAUAGAGCUGCUGCGCAUCACAGAGAAGAGGCAGGCCUACUGUGUCCGCACCAGCAGUCUGGAUUUCCCAAAACCCCUUUGCCAUGGGGCCAGAAAGUCUUGCCCUGGCUCUGUUGACAGUUCACCAACUGAAAGCAGAACUGUAGGCCGUUGCAGCCCUGUGAGACUUGGGACAGGCUCAGAAUUCAGCCCCAGGCAUGGCUGUCCUGCAGGGAGUUCUGAGCCUGUCUUUCGGACACGCUCAGUGGAAUGGACUCACACCUUCCAGGAGGCAGCAGAUCCAGGACAUGUAGCAAACCGGGUCAAGUCAACAGGCUCCUUCGCCUUACGUGUGUGCCCUCAGUACGAAACAGGGCUCUCCAAAGAAACAAGCGUUAAGCUGCACCUCACCAACAAGAUGUCGGCAGAAGAUGUGGUGAAGCUGGUGGUGCAGGAGAUGAACGAGGUCUCACGCGAUGUCCUGGGAAAUGCAGAUGCUUUCUGCUACAGUGAAGACCAAUUGGAACACUUUGGACUAGUGUUCGUGUCAGAUGAAGUUGAGCAGUGGCUUCCAAAUGACUUCCUGCCCCUCUCACUCCAAAAGGCUUGGCCUGAUGGGAGGUUCUAUGUUCGGAUCAAAGAGACUUCCCCUCUCCUGUUUCAGUAUGGGCCAGCAACAACUGUAUGAGAGGAGGGGGGAUAUAUUGGAUUAGGAAGGAAAAGUGAAGAAUAUCCAACUUCCAGUGAGCAGAAAGCUCAGCACUAAUGCUUCCUUCUUGAAAAGAAACUUUUGUGCCAGACACCACAGGCCAAAAUAGGAGCAUACUGGGCAGUGUGUUGCUCUGUGGUGUGUGUGUGUGUGUGUGUGUGUGUGUGUGUGUGUGUUGUUUUAACCAAAGAUGUCAAGAUUUGUUUGUUAUGACUCCUACGAUCUGUGGGUGGGGUACAGGAGCCUUUGGGAUAAAGGAAUUAAAUUUGUGAAGACGCUUUUUGCAAGGAGAAGAGCCGGUUGGGGAUAAAGAAGCAAUACUUAAUUAUAUUUUUCAUUCUGAAUGUUGAAGGGAGGGAGAGAAUGUAACAUUGAAGGAUUCUGACUAAAGUGGGCCCAGAGUUGGGGCCUGGAGGUGGGAGGAGCACAAGGAGCUCACAAAGACUUCAUGUUUUGUUAUCUGUGUUCUCAUUGUACCUGGAGAAAUAUGAAAUUGCACAUAGUUCUUUGAAAAAUGUAUUUCCCUUUUCUUAAUUCCACCUUAAAUAUACGCAGCACAAUAUAUAAAAUAUGUUUGAACUGUGCAGGACUGUAAAGCCCUUUCUACUGUUGGGAGAGACAGACAAGACUUUACAUCUGGACUAGAACCUUCUCUUAGGGGUAAGAUUAAGCCAACCUUUGAGCUCACCAGAAAGAGGCACUCCCUCCUGCCCCAGGCAGGCUGCGUUGUGGGUCUGGAAGAAGGUUCCUGAGAACUAUGCUUUCUUCAUUUUCAGUCCUAUAGUUUCUCUUUUAUUUUUAAGCAGCUUUGCUUUCCCCUUUCCUCUAGGCAAGAAUCUAGAAAGGAGCACAAGGAUUGUUCAUAUUAGGUCUAGAGUUAACUCCUCUCAGGAAGCUAUUCACUUGCCUACCUUCCCCUACAGUGUAGGGAAGCAAUGCUUCUUUCUUCCAUCUCCCAGCAAGCAGUUGAAGAUUGUAAAUGAAACACAUAUCAUGUAAACCAGAUGUUACCCCUCCACAGAAGCGGAAGUAGCACUGGACAUGGGCUACCACUCCCAUAUAUGCACAGUUGGUCUAAAUCCCAUGACUAGUCACACCACACACCCAAGCAGU